AUGCCUCUCUGCGACAUCUGCAAGGCGAUCCCGUUUGAGCAUCUCCCGCCGUUCCCCGAGGAAGAAUACAUCAGAACUUUGACUGGGCUGAAGUAUGUACACACACUCAUACGAAACAAGGUCGACGACGGUACUUCAUCAAGUGUUAGACAUCAUGCCAACAUUGAGGGUUUGCGAAAGGCAGCCGCAGAAGGUUGUGAGCUCUGUCUUUUGAUUCUAGGCGAAGCAAAUGCCAUAUUGGCUGAACUCGAGGGCCUUGAAGGCAUGAUGAAGGAGUUUUCUGACCACCCGCCCAACUUUAACAUGUGGUUGACGAAACGCCCUGAUGACUGGCAAGGCUUUUGGGUCUUGUCAGAAUGCACUCCCAGCGUCAGGGUGGGAGACACUGUCCCCGUUGCCGCGUUUGGCUUCGCUGUGGAAGAAGAUGAUGCCCUCGCUGGUACAUUUCGGGGACGUCCUGUAGAACAAAAUCCUGACACGCACGUCAUCCAACACCUGGUUAGAUGGAACGCUGAGUGCGAACAAGAUCAUGAAUGUUGCCACGGUACCGGCCGCAUGCCGAGUCAUUUGAUAGACGUGCAGGCCGUUACGUCUAGUGAUACUGUGAGACUGGUCGAAUCGGACGCAAAGGCUCGGCAAAGGUACACAGCCCUCACUUAUGCAUCUGAAUCCGGUAUCGUGGGCUACUGGGAGGAUAACACCCUGCCUGAGGACGGCAGCAUACGCGUUGCCAGCCUUCCCAAGCUGUUUCAGGACGCCGUACUUGUGACUCGCACCUUGGGUGUUCAGUACAUCUGGAUCGACUCGCUAUGCAUUCCUGGCAAUUCGCGAGAGUGGGCGAGGGACUCUGAGCAAGCAGGUUCUGUCUACGCAAAUGCGUAUCUAACCAUCUCGGCUACGGGGUCAGAAAACGUGAGUGACGGCCUGUUAUUCCCACGACCACUGCGAACAUAUGUCCAAAUUCCCUAUAAAACGAGCGACGAAAUCACUGGAACUGUAUUCGUCUCCACGCUGCCGCUUGAGAAGGAGGUGAUUUACUCACGGUAUAUAGAGAUGAUGGAGGAGCCCAUAUCCAGAGGAGUAUGGUCAUUUCAGGAACGUGUGCUCUCGCCGCGGACUGUGCACUUUGCCAGCGAUCAGAUGUACUUUGAGUGCCUGAGCCACUUCGUUUCAGAGGAUGGCCUACUUGAACGUUUGCGCUAUCAUACUACAGUGGAAAAAUUACCUGAUGGAGCAGGCCAUUACCGUAGCAGAGACAACUCCCUUUCACGCUGGUUUUCUAUACUGCAGGACUACUGGCGACGCCAACCAAGCACCCCUAUGGACAAGCUCCCAGCCCUCUCCAACGUGGCAAGGGCCUUUCAGCACAUGCUGGAUGACGAGUACGUCGUAGGAUACUGGAAUAAGUCUCUUAUAGAGUCGUUGUGCUGGCAAUCCCUGCAUUGUAAACCGGCAGGCGAGAGCAGUACUCCAUCUUGGUCCUUGGCGUCCGUCAACGGCAGACUAUGCGUGGGAUUCAGAGGCAAAUCAAGCCACUCUAUAGCAACUAUCGUCAGUGUCCAGGUGAGCUUAAUGGAUGAAGCAAAGCCGUUCGGCAGAGUUACCACAGCCUCAAUAGAGCUUGAGGCUCCGUUAGUACCACUCAGGCUAUCGGAGAAAUUAGGACCAACUGGGCACAUGUCUCUACGGACCGUCAACGGGGAUGGAGGCGACUUCUAUGCCGGCUUCGACACGAUUGACAGGCACUACGCGGUGUCUGCCGAAAGCUUGCGGAAUAUAGAGCUUUUCGCUCUGGUUCUGGCGGAGACUCACAAGGAAGAGUGCUCAGCUGGAAACUGCAGCAGGGAAGGCAGCCAUCGCGGCCUCAUUGUCACGCCGGUUGACGCCUCAGGAGACAGGGUCAAGCGCCUUGGCUUCAUUAUAACUCAUUUUGGGCACCGGGAGCUGUCGAACUCGCGCAAAACGGUCACCUUGGUCUAG